UUACGUACUGAGUUAUAUUCGAUAUCAACCGUUAAAGCAACAAUGCCUGAACCAGCGAAGCCAGCACCCAAGAAGGGAUCCAAGAAAGCCGUGACCAAGACGGCUGUUAAAGGAGGCAAGAAGCGCCGAAAGACCAGGAAGGAGAGCUAUGCCAUCUACGUGUACAAGGUGCUGAAGCAGGUCCACCCCGAUACCGGUAUCUCCUCUAAGGCGAUGGGCAUCAUGAACUCUUUCGUGAAUGACAUCUUCGAGCGCAUCGCCGGGGAGUCUUCCCGCCUGGCUCAUUACAACAAGAGGUCCACCAUCACCUCCAGGGAGAUCCAGACCGCAGUGCGUCUGCUUCUGCCCGGUGAGCUUGCCAAGCACGCCGUGUCCGAGGGAACAAAGGCCGUCACCAAGUACACCAGCUCCAAGUAAAGUUGACCCUUAAUUGAAACCCAACGGCUCUUUUAAGAGCCACCCACGUUCUCUGUUAAAAGCUUUCCAUCUGUCAAUGAUGUGUUACGUAUACAUACAUUUUAAGGAUUCACUCCCGCAGAAUCGACUUGCGCAGUAGUGAAGGUUUAGUUCACUAAAUAUAUCCAGCUUAGCAAAACAGAAAAUCUACAACGACGAAUGUGUACUACAUGAUCCUCGUCACUGUUGAGCAUACAUGUCUCGAAACAACAUAACACUAUAGUGAGAAACAACCUAUUACUCUGACAAGGCUCCCUCUGGUGGUGAUAUUUAUGUAGUGCAGCUGAGUUGCAUUUCUAAAUCCCCGUUUGGAACUCUGUUCUCUACAGACAGUCUCCCUCUUGUGGAGGCAGUGGGGUACGACAGCCCGUCCGCGCCACUUAAAUGAGAGCGGGGAAGUUCACAGUGAGACUCCAAUCACUGAGAAGUAGAAUUGCUAAAAGUGUUUUA